UGUGAAAAUAAAAUUGUCCGCAAAAUAUAUACAUUUGUUGAUCACUUGACUGACAAACAAUGGUUAAGAAGAAGAAGAGCGUAUCACCCGAUAAGAGCAAUGCAUCCCAAGACACGAAUAAUGAGUUAACCACAGACUUGCACUCAGAGACCAUAUCUUCAAUUAAAAACAAUUAUUCUUUUAAAAGUCAAGAAUGGGUUUCAAGUCGUUUAAUAAAUAAUGCAAAGAAGGCAAAGGUCUGGAAGAAUUUGAAACAGAUAUUAGCUAUCGAUAAGACAUCGACAAUCAAUGGUAACUCUUAUGCAUCACUUGACUGUCAUCCGUCACAAAAAGUAAUUAAAAGAUAUUCCGAUUUGAGUGGACUUCCGGCCAAAUACAAAGACCCGACAACUCAACUAUUAUACCAUAAUUUGUAUGAAUUCGCUAUAAUUAAGACAUUUUCUAAUGAUAUUAUUAAUGGAUAUUUAGAGCUUAGAAAAGCUAAUUCAUAA